UACAACCUAAUCGAACUUGAGGAUCCUUACGGAAACAGGAUUGGGCAGUGGCUCAAUGAAACAUCCAACAGCAAAAUAUUGCAGCUUUCUUACUCGUUGAACUCUGAGGCCCGAGAAGGAUCCUACAAACUCAUCACGUCAACAGGUGGAGCUCAAGUAUCUCACUCCUUCAAGGUGGAGAAGUAUGUUUUGCCCAAAUUUGAUGUAACGAUAAAUGUAAAAGAUGAAGUAAGUGUUUCUGAGGAUGAGAUAGAUGCAGACAUCUGUGCAAAGUACACAUAUGGACAGUCUGUGCCAGGAAGUGUUACAGUGAAGGUGUGUCGACCUCUUCAGUACUACAGUGCGUAUGGGCAACCUAGGAAUGCAGAAGAACUCGGGGUAACCGACCCAUGUGACACACAGACAAAGAAGACAGACAAAGCUGGCUGUGCGGCUUUUCAAUUCAAAAUGUCAACUUUCACCAAACUUGACCAAAAGGUAGUGCAAGAUAAAGUUGAAGUCAGUGCCAGUGUAGAAGAAGAGGAUACCGGUGUUUCACAUCAACAAAAGAAGAGCAUAAGGAUUUCGUAUGUUCUUGGAAAACUGUCUUUUGUUGACACGCCCAAGAUUUAUGAACUAGGAUCAAAUUUGGAAGGAAAAGUAAAAGCUGUUCACCACAAUGACACACCCAUUCCUCACAUACCACUGUACCUGCUUAUUAGAAAAACUUGGUCAACACAUUUGCUGCUGCAAAAUCUUACAACUGACAACGAUGGAUUUGCCAGCUUUUCUAUUAGCACAGACGCAUUCAGUGGAGACGCUACCCUCUAUGUCAGCAAAUCCCCAAGUGUUGAGUAUUCUCCAUUUAGAACAGCCUUCUAUGAGACGGGGUCUCACACAGUGUCGCUCUCCCAACCUCCUUCUCUUGACACUAAAUCCGUAAGCUCCCUGAAGCUGAAGCAGAGGGAUUCACCACUUGUGUGUGACAAAGAAGAAGACAUGUUUAUUGAGUAUUCUUUUGUACAUGAACCCAAGGGUUCUGUGGAUGUUAUGUAUCUGGUUUUGUCCAGAGGAGCGAUUGUAAUUCAAGGAAGAAAACAGGUCCAAGUGGAAGAUAAAUCAGUAAAUCAGGGGGAGAUGUCCUUUAAGUUGACAGUGUCUCCAGACAUGGCACCAAAUGUCCAGAUUGUGGCAUAUGCAGUCCUCCCCAGCAAGAAUGUGAUUGCUCACAGCGCUGACUUUGAUACCGAGAAAUGUUUCAGCAACAAGGUGUUGCUGGAGAUUUCUCCAUCCCCAGCUGUACCCGGAGAAGAAGCCAAAAUGAAGCUGACUGCCCAGCCAGAUUCUCUGUGUGGUGUCAGUGCCGUCGAUCAGAGUGUUCUCAUCAAGGAACCGGGAAACACUCUGGAUGCUGAUAAGAUAUUCAAUUUGCUGCCUGUCAAAAAGGUAACAUAUACCCCAUAUCAGAUUUUGGACCCAACAGAAUGUUUACAUGUGAGGCCGAAGAGAUAUGUUGUGCCUUAUCCUGAUGAAGAAAACGACGCCCACACAGUUUUCCAGAACAUCGGACUGAAGACGGCAACAAAUUUGGCAACAAAAGCGCCUUCAUGCCUCAAAUUUAUGGGUAGACAAUACAAUCUAGGACUCCCAGGGAUGGUUGGUGUUUCCUAUUCAAGGACAUAUGACAUGGCUGUGCCAGAAGCUAUGGCAGUGCCACAAUCUGUCUCUGUUGGAGGAUUCCCACCCAAGAAUUCUGAACCAAUAUUGACCGUUCGCACAUUUUUCCCCGAAACUUGGAUAUGGGAUCUGGUGGACAUUGGAGCAUCUGGAACAAAGGACGUACCUCUUACUGUGCCAGACACAAUCACCACCUGGGAAACGGAGACGUUCUGUUUGUCACCUCAGGGUUUUGGUUUGGCUCCUCGUGAAAAACUCACGGUCUUCCAGCCGUUUUUCCUUGAGCUUACCCUUCCCUACUCCAUCAUCCGGGGAGAAAACUUUGAGUUGAAAGCAACUGUCUUCAACUAUCUAAGCAGCUGUAUUAUGGUCAAAAUAAGUCCCGCCCCCUCCUCAGAUUUCACCCUCAGCCCCCUCUCUGGUGACCAGUACACCAGCUGUUUAUGUGGAAAUGAGCGCAAAACCCUCAGGUGGAUCAUGGCUCCUACAGCUUUAGGGGUUGUGAAUGUGACCGUGACUGCUGAGGCUAUUCCGUCACACGCUUCUUGUGACAAUGAGAUUGUGAGCGUUCCAGAAAGAGGCCGCAUUGAUGUUGUAACGCGUUCUCUUAUAGUAAAGGCUGAAGGAAUAGAAGUAACAAAGACACACAACUGGCUGCUCUGCCCCAAAGGAAACACUUUGACAGAGGAAACAGAAAUACAACUUCCUGGAAAUGUGAUUGAGGGAUCUGCUCGUGCAACAGUAUCAGUCCUUGGUGACAUUCUCGGCCGUGCCCUGAAGAAUCUGGAUGGACUGCUUCAGAUGCCGUAUGGAUGUGGGGAGCAGAACAUGGCUUUACUAGCUCCAAACAUCUACAUUCUUGAAUAUUUGCAAAAAACCCAACAGCUGACCCCAGCCAUUAAAGAAAAGGCAUCAAACUUCCUAACCAGUGGAUACCAGAGACAGUUGAACUACAAAGACAUUGCAGGUGCAUACAGUACAUUUGGAUCAGGACCCGGAAACACCUGGCUGACUGCUUUUGUCCUGAGGUCUUUUCAUAAAGCUCAGUCUUUCAUCUACAUCGAUGAAACAAAGAUGGAAGCUUCAAAGACUUGGCUGAUAGAAAGGCAAAACAUCACUGGUUGUUUUGUCCAGUCAGGGAAACUGUUUAACAACAGAAUGAAGGGUGGUGUGUCUGAUGAAGUCACACUUAGUGCUUAUAUAACUGCUGCCCUCCUGGAGACGAACAGCUCCGUUAACGAUCCAGUAGUGAGCAGGAGCCUGUCGUGCCUCAGAGAGUUCACCAAUGAUUUCAGCAACACCUACACCACAGCUCUGCUGGCAUAUGUCUUCACACUGGCAGGAGACAUGGAGACCCGUGCUCACCUUCUCCAGCACCUGGACUCAGUUGCAGUAAAACAAGGAGGUUUCACCUACUGGUCUCAGACUUCAUCAGAAACAUCUGCUUCUCUGUCUGUGGAGAUCAGCUCCUAUGUGCUGAUGGCAAAACUGGCCUUCUCUCAAACUGCUGAAGACCUGGGCUACGCCUCCAGCAUUGUUAGGUGGCUGACGACUCAGCAGAACUAUUAUGGAGGCUUCUCGUCCACGCAGGACACUGUGGUGGCUCUGCAGGCUCUGGCUCUCUACUCCAGUGCUGUGUUCAGUCCCGAAGGCUCAAGCACAGUCACAGUUCAGUCUCCCAGUGGGCCGCUGGUGUUUGAUGUGAAUCAGGAGAACAAACUGCUCUACCAGGAAAAGCUGCUGCAGGAUGUGAGUGGAAAAAACAGCCUGAGGGUGGAGGGCACCACGUGUGCCUCAGUGCAGAUUUCAAUUCACUACAACAUCCCACCUCCACCUCCAGUCACCUCUAUGAGGGUGGAGGUUAAACCAGAGUUUGACACCUCCCGCAAACCCAAACUGACCCUGAAGAUCAUGUCCUUGUACAACGGGAAUGAAAUCAGCACCAAUAUGGUGAUCCUAGAUAUCGCCCUGCUUUCAGGAUUUGUUCCAGACCCACAGUCUUUAGAGAACCUCAAACUUUCUCUGCUGGUGGAUCGAGUCGAACACAAAGAUGGUCACGUUGUGGUGUACUUAGAAGGGCUGAAGAAGGAUGUACAGAUCAACCACAGCUUAGAGCUCUUACAGCAGAUCCCAGUAAACAACCUAAAGCCAGCCGUGAUUGCCCUCUAUGACUACUACCAGCCAAGUGACCGGGCUGAGAAGGAAUACACUCUAACAGCUGAAGCUUGAAAGAUGAAGUGUGGCCGAUCCGACGCUCACCAGUGAUUCCAGUUUAUUUCCCUUUAAAAUGACUUUAAUGACCUUUUUGUUUUUGUUGCAUUACAUUGCUGGAAUAGAGUCGGGUUGGUGUUCUUCCUCACUUCCCAUGUAACUGUGUGUGUUCUUGUGUAAUCUGAGCAAAAGUGACACUAUAAUAAAAUAAUCUGUUUCAAGAA